AUAACACGGCUGUUCUGAAUUGGUGAUUGCUGUGACAAAUGGUAGCAACAUAUCAUAAAUAGGCAAGCAAUGAGAUUGUUAACUUGCCCAAAAAAUAAUAUAGCCUAUUUUAGACAUUGCUGUAUUUCUACAUUCGUCCUUCAUUCUUUAGAUAAGACUGUAACAUUUAAGUCUCGUUUUGAUGCAAGAACUUAUUGAGAUUGAAUAUCUGAUAGACCACAAGAGGUAUGAUGCUUUUUGAUUGUCAGGCAAGGGGAAAGUUGAGCCUGGGGAGAGAGGAAGUGAACUGAAGGCAACCAUCUGUUAAUGGAACCAGACCUGCGGACUCGAAGAUAUCAUGAGGCCCAACAAGCUUUGGACCAAACCCCCUGUGUUAAUCCUCCUGGCUGUGCAUCUGUUCCCCUGGACCAUCUACACACAAGAAGCUGACUGUUUACCACAUGUUAGAGUACAUCGGAAUACAGUUAUGAACGCUUCAUCUGGAGAGGAUCUGAGGAUGGAGUGUCCCGUUCACUUCUGCAGCGACGCACAACCAGUGAUCUCAUGGUGUAAACUGGAUGAUUCAAAUAACUGCAGUCCUUUCAAUCGAUCUGCUCGGACUGAAACCCACUGGCAGAAUUUGACAUACAACACAGGGAUCUCAUUUCUGAAUAUGAAAGAUGUAUCUACAAACGAUACAGGUCAAUACAGGUGUCAAUAUAGAUCCGACAUGAGUCAUAGCAUCAAGAUCAGAGUCUCAGAGAGAACAGACAUCUCCACAGUUGGGUAUGAGAAGAAUGAAACAACCAGCUUUGAACAUCCAAAUCCUGAAUUAGAGUGGCUUUUGCCUUACAUCUACCCUGCGGUAGGGAUUUUAGGGCUUGUUGUCGUGGUGAUAACUACAUCCAUCUUAUUGAUGCAAAGAAAUCGGGGUCGACCAAAGAACACUGAUCCAACAGAAAAUAAAUACAUGGCUAUACCAAUGACACAACAAGCAUUGCCCCACGCUAACAUCAGCCCCCAGCCCUACCCCAGAGCAAGCCCCCGUCAGUCCGUACCCACCAUCUAUGACAACGCACCCUCCAGGAGACCCUCCAGCGCCCAUGCACCUCCCACCCGGCCCGCGGCCAAUCACAAGGCCGCGCCAGAGGACAGAGACCAAGGCAACAGGAAGGCCGGCGAAAGGGAGAGAGAUGAAGAGAGUCUUCUGUACGCUGCACUCGACCACCAGGCUCUUCCUGGGGCCACAGGCCGGCCCCAGAGGCCCCAGGAGGAGUGCUCUGAGUACGCAGCCAUCCGCGUACACUGAACACCUGGCCAACACAACAACAUGCUGAGCCACUCACUUAACUCCCUCCGAUGCACAGGACUUUCUUUACUUUAUGUUGCACAGUUUGCGGUAGAUGUCUUUGUACAUUUAGGGUUGCUUUGAGAUUUUUUGGUUCAUACGUGUAACGUAUGAUGUCGGGUGGUUGAUGACAUUCCCAGUUCCAACAAACAGGAAUAUCAGCUAAAUCUGUAAAACUGUGACAGACUUGUUUCUGUAAAUCCUCCUGUUGCACCUCAGAAGUGAGAGCUGUCUGACUAAUCAAAAGCCCCCAUGGUUUUACUGAGGUGUUGGAGUUUUAAGAAGACAUUUGUUUUUUCGCUGCUUUGUUGGUUAUGCUGGGAUGUGAUCCUGCCUUGCACAAACCCACAUGUGCACUUACAGCCACAUAUCCUGUUUGAAACUUUGAGAGUCUCAACGACGUUUCACACAUGUUUAUGUGAACGAAAGUGAACGUACAAUAUGUACAAGAUAAAUAUGAUAAUGUUAAUUUAUGUAUAUGAAUGUAAUUUAUGUAUGUGAAUGUACUGAUCUCAAACCAAUGCACAAACACCUGGACUGCAAACCGUAAGCCAAAGGUGCUCUAGAUUACUUACUUCUACAGUUACGUUACGGUAAUUUACAGCAAAGGAGGCUAACCACAUAUCUACCGGACUUGCCUGGGUGUUACAUUAGCGUUAUGAGUGAUUUCAUAACGUUAAUUUCAGCUGCGGCAGACUUAGGGGCCCAACAUUGAUGUCAAAGUGGUCUAUGAAAGUACACAUGAAAGUCUAAUGUUGUUUUCCGUUGGUGUGAUCAUUCUAGGGAUAUUUUAAGGCUUAUGUUUGCAUGUGUUACUGCCUUACUUGAACAAUGACAAAACAAACUACUAUUAAGUUAACUGAUGAGAUAAUGGCAAUGAAACUCAUCGCAAUCAAUGUAUGUAAAUAUCAAAGUGUCUGAUUACAAAUGUGACAUACAAGUAAAUUGAGUGCAGACAAGCGUGUGCUGGCCA